AUGACAGAGCUGGAGUAUCAAAGGGGUUCUACUGUAAUACCAGAAGCUGGUACAAUGUACUUAACUACUUCAAGUGGAUACCCUUAUAUUUACCAUAAUGGAGUGGCUUAUUUUCAUACAUCUGAAGUUGCUUCUGUUCCGCAGCCAUGGCCAUCACGCUCUGUUUCCAGUUCACCUAUGAUGGUGGCUCAACCAGUUUAUCAGUCUCCUACAUACCAUUAUCAGGCACCAACACAGUGUCUUCCAAGUCAGUGGCAGUGGUCUGUUCCACAGUCUCCUGCCUCUUCACCUUCAUUCUUGUAUCUGCAGCCAUCUGAAGUCAUUUAUCAGCCAAUAGGGAUUACCCAGGAAAGUGGAUGUAUACCUCCUCCUCCUCUCUUAGUGGAAGCUGCAGUUCCCGAGCUGUAUUCUGAUCAUGGAGUUCAAGCACCACAUCACCAGCCUUAUGCCCAGAGUGCCAUAGCCAUGCCUGCACCUACACUAUGGAGCAUUCACUAUUAAGCCAUUGGGCAGCUCUCGUCUACCUAUACUGAGUUUCUUGUCCAGUCCUUCCCCUGUGACUGAGAUCCAUCAUCAACAUACCAGCUAGCAGCUGCCUGUUGUGAAACUUGGGGAAUCGAGGUCGCAUUCUGAGAAGAAAUUUUUCACAUCAUUCAUCUGUGAGUCUGAAACCUCAAUAUACAGAAAGUCCCCGUUUUCAUCCUGGAAAAGAUUACAGAAUGGAAGAUAAAAUUCUUAUACCACCUUCUUCUACAGAUUCUAUAAAACAGAUUUUUAGCUGUCUACUUUGCUAACAUACUUAUCACGUGGAGGAUAUGUUCUUCCUAACUUCUAACAUGUGCCUGAAAAUGCCUA